CGAUACGUCCGGCGGCGUCGCGCGAGUUAGGCGUGAGCAAUAGCAGCGCCUGAGUAGCGUCCUUUGGUGCACCGCACGCGGCUCGAGAGCCCGUGAGCUGGCGUGUCACCGCGAGCGGUGUCCCAAUACGAGCGCUGACGCAACCCUGUCUCGAGUUUGCGAUUAAUUGCGCACCGCUGGCCGCUGCAGCAGGCAUCUGAGGGAGGCGCACACUGAGCAGCAAUUAGGGCUCGUGCGCGCGCGCAGGGUGCCAAGAUCUAGCGCAGAGGCUGGCAUUCGUCGCAUACGUGCCACAAUUGGCCAGCGCUCACGCCCGGAACGCGUGCCUCCAGCCUGCAGCCACACAGAGAGCAGCCAGGCCCUGGCGGUCCUGGCGCUCGCCCUCCUCGCCGCCGCCGCGCGGCGCGGCCCGCGACUCACGCGCCGCAUGAGUUUCAACAGAGAGGCGAUAAGCGAGACGCACGAGGUGCCCGCGCUACUCGUGCCGGCCAAGCGCACGAGCGCCUACGUCAAGGCACUUAGAAGACAUCUCGUGGACGUGCCUCGGUAUAGAACUGUGGCAUCGGUAGACGACGCUUCACAAAAGAAGAUCUUGCUGUCGCGCCAACUCCCGCGAGACGACCCCGCGUCCGCUCUCCCCGAAGAGGCCGCUCAGUUCUUGCGGAAAGCUUUGGACGAGGGCGAGGCGCAGCCGACAACCCACCAAAUUACGCUGGCCUACGACCACUUCACGGCCGAGGAAGUGCUGCGGAAGCUGCUACCAGCAUCAAUACCAACACCAUCGGCUUUUGAACAUGUGGGUCAUGUGGCCCACUUGAAUCUGCGGCCGGAGCACGAUCCUUAUAAAGCGCUCAUAGGGGAGGUUUUGCUGGAUAAGGUCGCGAACGUGCGCACAGUGGUCAACAAAGUAGGCGAGAUCGCUACGGAGUACCGCACCUAUGAGCUAGAAGUUUUAGGAGGAGAUCCUUCAACGCAAGUGGAGCUCAGGGAGCAGGACUGUGUAUUUAGGUUCGACGUGCGGGACGUGUACUGGAACUCGCGGCUGCAAUCGGAGCAUGCGCGUUUAUCUGCGACGAUCCCGCGGGACGCUAGAGUUGCCGACUGCACGUGCGGCGUCGGGCCCUUUUCUAUACCCUUGUCGAAACGAGGCGUCGCUUGCUAUGCCAACGACUUGAAUCCGAAAGCAAUCGAUUUUUUGCGGGAGAACGCCCGGUUAAAUAAAUGUCAGCUGCAGAUUUCGGAGCCGUCCUGCGCGCGGAGUUUUCUUAGAAGUAUAACGGACUGGCGACCGACGCACUGCAUCUACAACUUACCUGCCACUGGAAUUGAAUUGCUGGACGUGUUUCGCGACUUUACUGGUGAGGCACCUAUCGUCCACUGCUACUGCUUCGGGAAGUCUAGGAAUGAUGUCGACGCCAUGUCCGACGUCCACGCGCGGUGUGUCAAGGCUGUCGGGGCGUCAUUACCAAUUCCGGACAAGCUCCUGCCGUCGCCGGCGGCGCGCGACGCUUCCCAAAUUGCCGAACAGGGCUUCGCCGUGCGCUGGGUGCGCAACGUGUCUCCCAACAAAGACAUGUACUGCGCGUCGUUCCGCGCGCCGUCUUCGCGGAAGCGGGCGCGGACGGAGUAAGGAGUCAC